AUGGCGGCGUCGGUGCCGCCGGCGAUCGAUGACCCGGAAAAGCUGGACCCACCGGCCGACGAGGCAGAUAGCGACAUGGAUGCCGAGGGAGAGGAGGAGGCAGAUCUGUACGACAUGGAUCAACAAUUACAGCAUGCAGUUCAUCAGGCAUAUUCGGGGGAGGUUGCUGAAGAAAAUGGGGACCAUGAGGUGAAUGGCAAGCUAUUGGGCGCUGGAGACAGCGAUGACCAGUAUGGCGAGGAUAACGAUGAGGCCGAGCCAGUUGGCGCGGUCAAACUUCCGAAUCCAGAGGAGGACCAAGAUGAGGACGAGCCUUCGGAUAACGAGGAUGCUGAAUCCGAGCCUGCGGAUGCCGACGUGGACCCCGCAUUCGAGGAAGAUCCCGAUCGCAGGGCAUCGGAGUCCAGUGAAUCGGAAUCCGAAGCUGGCGACGACUGGGAAGCUGAGAGUAAUGGUCGGGAGGAUGUGGAUAUUGAGAAUCGCAGCGGAGCUCUUUGCAUCUUCUGCACCCAAGACGAAGAACACGACCCGAGCGAGGAAUUCGAAGAAUGGUUGACCUGUGGGGUUUGCGGAGAUCAUUCUCAUCGACAAUGUGCCCGCGAGCAGGAAGCUCAUCAUGAUGCAGAAGGUGUGCAUAGCCGCCAGUCUUCCAACGUGGACCUGAUCAUUAACGUUGCCCAUGUAGGACUUUGGAGAUGCCCUUCAUGCGUCCAAAACAACCUUCAGCCCGAUAACCCGGAAUCCCCAACACACUCUAAGAUCAAAAUCACUCACCUGGCGAAAGAGCUCCUCCCAGCACACACUGGAAACGAGGAAGAUGGAUUUCAUUCCAUCUUUGACAAUAACAUCAGUAAUGAGCUGUUGAACAGUUCGCGGUCGCUCCGAAAGAGGAAAGCUUCAUCAAUUGAGGGAGAGGAGCACGUUCCCAUGUUGCGAAAGCGCCGGCGACAGAAUGACCAUUCGGAAGUUCCACCAUCGACAGAUGGCACGGCGGACGAGCGAGUCCGCGGCGCAGGAUCACCCGCUCGGCCCAUGCGCCCUCGCCGAACGCGGGCAGUCGACCGCGAGCACUGUCGAGUCAUCACGAAACAAUCAGGCAGAUUGGUUAUGAGCUUCCGUCUUGACGAGGGCAAGAUGAGCAAGAUUUUGAGCAAACAAAGUCGGCCCAUGCGGAAAAAGAAAAGACAGCCCAAGCCACCAACGGUGCCUCAGGAAGUGCAGGCUCACUUUGCGCCCAUCCCCCCAACUUCAUACACGAAUUACUUCCAGCCAUUCCAUGAUCGUGAAAUUGAGGAAUUGAAAUCGAAGCCCUACGGUGGCAUUCUCACUGAAGCCGAGGCCGACACGUCAAAAACGUUGCCUUUGCAGGCAGAUCGAGACCGGUUCGAACAGGCCCGUCAACGCGCGGAAGAGGAGUGGCAGCGACGGGUGCGGGAAGCAGAAGCUAACGGUGAAGCAACGCCGACGGCCUCCCAAAAGGUUUCCGGGCCUCCGUCGAAGAUCAAAUACAUCAACUUUGGUGGCUACGAGAUCGAAACAUGGUACGCCGCACCGUAUCCAGAAGAGUACAGUCGCAAUCGAGUACUCUACAUUUGUGAAUUUUGUUUGAAAUACAUGAACUCAGAUUAUGUUGCAUGGCGGCAUAAACUGAAGUGUCCUGCAAAGCAUCCACCAGGCGACGAGAUUUAUCGCGAUCGCUCGAUUUCAAUCUUCGAGGUGGACGGCCGGAAAAAUCCAGUCUACUGUCAAAAUCUCUGUCUGCUCGCCAAACUGUUCCUUGGAUCGAAAACUUUAUAUUAUGACGUUGAACCUUUUCUGUUUUACGUGAUGGCCGAAUACGACGAGCUCGGCUGUCAUUUUGUGGGCUACUUCAGCAAGGAGAAGCGUCCCAGCUCCGCGAACAAUGUGUCCUGCAUCCUUACCCUUCCAAUUCACCAACGCAAAGGUUACGGCAACCUUCUCAUCGACUUUUCCUACCUCCUUACGCGCAUCGAGGGCAAAAGCGGCUCUCCAGAAAAACCGCUGUCGGAUAUGGGUUUAGUAUCCUAUCGCAACUAUUGGCGAUUGGUCCUGUCCUAUCAGCUGCGUGAUCUCAAGACUCCAGUCAGCAUUGCUGACCUCUCCGAUCGAACCGGCAUGACUGCGGAUGACCUUGUAUCUGCCUUGGAGGGACUUCGCGCUUUGGUGCGAGAUCCUGUGACCAAAACAUAUGCCCUCCGUCUUGACAAGGACUAUUACGAAGAGGUCAUUGCCAAGUGGGAGAGCAAGGGCUAUGUCCAGCUGAACCCUGAUGCGCUCACCUGGACGCCGUAUAUCAUGGGCCGCAAUAACCAGUCUCAUUUCGACAGAGCACCCUUGCACGCGGUGGCACCCCGCGAAGAUCACGAGGACGAGGACGGGGAUGAGCUGGAAAUGGGAGAUGUCAUGGGCGAUAGCGUAGGGUUGAACGGGAAAAUCCACGGUGCUCUUGGAGAAAUUCCAGGGCCGCCAUCAACAGCCGGAAUCACGCAAGCCAACGGCGUCCAUCCCCCUGAACCCGAACCUUCAGAGCCGGAGUCGACCCCCGACCCAGCGGCCGGUAUUCCUCCAUCUCGCUUCGAAAUUUGGCCCCCUGUCCAUGUUCCCGCAGCGUCCAAGAAAAAGCCCGGUCGCCCCUUCGGAAGUCUCAGGGCAAACAAUUCCCGCACGCCUGUGGCGACAAGGACCAGUGGCCGCAAUACGCCGCGCCGUACGUCUGCCCUACCCGGACUGACACCGCAUAUCAGCACUUCAAACACUCGCCGCCGCCGGAGUGCGAUGGCGUUGGGAUCUCCCGCGCCCAGCGCCACUCCGGUACAAUCAAAUGGUCACACCGAGGCCGAGGCCGAUGCUGAGCACAACAGUGAGGACGCAGCUCAUGACCCAAGCCCGGAGGAGCUUGGCCUUGUGAUGGAUGACGAUCCCGUCUUGGAGGGAAUGGUCGGCUCUGCGCAGACAGAACAACCGGUGUCGAUGAACGGAGACGGCGCAUCGCCGGACCCACGUGUCGUGAAAGCUAAUGGUACUACACACGCACGUCCUGAGGCCCCCAAUGGCCCAGUCUUGGGGGUGAUGCCCAAGUCUCCUCAGACCCCGGAGAAGAAGAGAGGGUCACAAUCGAAGUCGCCCAAUGCCACUUCCGCAAGGUCGCAUGGCAAACAGUCCGUGUCCCCGGUCAAGUCCCCUCAGACUGUCAGUCGAAAAACCCUGAUCGAAAAGGUCCAUGUGGUGGUCUCUGCAGAGCAUGAGCCCACUCCAAGACGCAACAGUAAGAUGAGCACCACUGACGCUCCACAUGAAAUGGACUCUGAAGUCGAUGCCGAAGGGGAAGACGAUGACCUGGACGGGGAAUACGAGGUGGACGGGGACGUGGUAAUGGGGGCGUAA